AUGGACGAGAAAGCAGCUCCUGGGGCCGACAGCCCCCCUGGUCCGAGGCAUCCGCGCGCCCGUGAUGCCAACGUUGAACAUCACCAUGCUCAUCAGUAUGACCCUACCGCAUUUGGUCGUCAUAGUCUACAGAUCAGUCAGGCUUCACAGCCUGCUUCGGAGUUUCAGCCUGAAGGUCAACGACAGUAUGGGAUCGUUCCUAGCACAAGAGAUGGAGACGUGCUCGAUGAGAAGAGGCCACAACCACAGAAUCCGCCAGACAUCGACACAUUCCGCCGCCCGGCCUCAGCACCACACAACCAACCAUCAUCCCCACGAUCUCCAAAGAAACACACCACCAGACCAAGCCAUGACUUUGACCGUCGCUACGACGGCCCCUUCAGCCGGCCAAGCCUCGCCAUGACCCGGCGAAGCUCGCUCUCAGCCACACGGCCGUCAACGGACCCAAACACACCCCGCGCCGGCGAAGCCCCCGGCACGGCCGGUGAUCCUCCCCGAACCCUCCCGGCCUUCCAUCCAACUCCCCCACCACUAAACUACACCCUCCGCACCCGAAAGACAGCAAUCGCUUUGUUCUGGACCCUCAUCCUCUUCGACUCCAUCGCCAUGCCGAUAGCCCUGUACUUUGGCCUUUGGUACGGGGUUGGCCCGGGGACCAACACCCCCACGGAAAAGAAGGAGAAACUCUCUCCCAACGCCGUCUUCUCCAUUGUCACCGCUGCCGUGGGUGGCGCCAGCAUUGUAGAGUACUUUUUGCGCUUCUGGCGACUUUGGCGCAAGGGAAGUAAGUGUCGUGUCAUCGGGGCGCAUAGGUGGUACCUCGACUGGUUUCACUGGAACUUUUCGUUUGCGUGGAUCAUCAUCAUGAUUGAACUCAUCGUAGGCACCGUCCCAAGAAACCCCCCAAUCCGACUCCUCUCCAUGCCCGUCCCAACAAUGCUCCUCGUCUUCGGCACCCAACUCCUCCUAAUCGACGCCCUCCGCGCCCUCCACAUCCCCUCCCCUCUCCGCAUCUCCUCCGUGCCCCGCAGAGCCCAGCUCCGACCAGGCAUCUACUCCCUCAUCGAAGACGUCUGCGCCGUCGACGGGUCCGGCGGCACGGACUUCCGCGUCGCGCUCGAUAGGCGGUACGAGGCGAGCCACGUCUUUCGCGCGAUGCUGAGGCGGUUGGGUGUGUUUUGGGCUGUUGGCGCUGAGGGCUGUGCUGUACUUUGUACGGCGCUGAUUUUCGGUUUGAGGAGCGGGGAGGCGGCGUAUGUUGUUGGGUGGUCGGUGCCGUUUGUGUGGGCUGGUGUCUGGACGGUUGCGACGUUUUGGUAUGUGAAGAGAGAGUUGAGGCGAGAGGCAGAGGCUUGGAGUGAGGAGGUCGCAAGGAAGGGGGUCGCAGGGUCCAUGUUCAUGGCGUCGGUUUGA